AAACCCUGUGUCCUCAACCCCAUUUUGUCUCUGUCCCUGGACCCUCUACAUUGCAAUAAACUGUGUUUGGAGCUCUGCACAAAGAGCCGUCUCUGGCCUUGUCCAUCAGCAGGUUAAGCAAGCAUGCUCAGGGCUCUGGGAGUGCAGGUUGCUCACAGGGGCUCGUUGUGGAUGUGCCGCAACACUGGAGAUGGACUUGGGCAGGAGGAACCCCUUAACCCAGUGUGCUCAUACACUGUAUUUUCCCCCAAACCAGGAUUUCUGAUUCCCAAACCUUGGAUGGAUGGAGGCUGCCAGGAAGAGGAAGAUGCCCCAGGACACCCAGGGAGAGACCAGGGAGGACAAAUCUCUGCGGCAGAACCUUGUGGAAGAGGCCAUUUUGAGCGACGCCACAGGGCAGGAAUCCAACAGGGAGGAAAAGCCACUGAGAUCCCCCAGGAGGAGGGCCUGCAAACCCAACCCAGGGUGCUCUGAGGAGGAAAGACCCACCCUGAGCCAGGAAGGUGGACCGAGCUUCAGCCAGGGAUUAGAGCUGGUGGCCCAUGGGACGCUUCAUGGUGGGGAGAAGCCCUACAAGUGCUUGGAGUGUGGGAAGAGCUUCAGGCAGAGCUCACACCUGAUCAGCCACCAGAUGAUCCACACUGGGGAAUGGGCCUACGAGUGUGGGGAGUGUGGGAAGGGCCUGAGGUGCAGCUCAGAACUCGUCAGGCAUGAACUCAUCCACACUGGGGAAAGGCCCUACGAGUGUCCCCAUUGUCUGAAGAGGUUUCAGACCAGCUCCAGUCUCCUGCGCCACCAGCGGAUUCACACAGAGGAGCGGCCCUUCUGCUGCCCCGACUGAGGGAAGGGCUUCAAGCACAACUCCAACCUCAUCAGGCACCGGCGCAUCCACACUGGGGAGAGGCCCUACGAGUGUCCCCGGUGUGGGAAGAGCUUCACCCAGAGCUCCAACUUGACCAGACACCAACAGAGGCACUGGUAAGGGAAGCCGUGCAAAUGUCCCAACUGCAGGAAGAGCUUCUUGCACUUCUCCGGCUUCAUCCACCAUUGGAGAACCCACAUUGGGAAGAGCCCUGGAGAUCUGUGUUCACUGUGAUCCAUGCUCGGAAACACCUGUCUGUAUUCCUGCCCCUGCCAAUGGCAUGAUGUGGGAUUGAAGAACAUGAAGGUCUGGCCAUGGCCAUGUCAUUACAUUCACUCCCACUCCCACCUCGGGUCAUUGCCAGGGGCAAGAAAGGGUGUCCUUUCCAGGCAGGAUGAAAUACUAGGCCCAGAAGAUCCAGGGAUUUGUGUUGUAGUUUUCCAUGUAAAUAAUUUUUCUUAUCCCUUCUGUUAUCAAUACUGUUUCUGUUCCUGUUUGUUUUUUAUCUUGUUGAUGUUCCCAGUAAAUUGUUCUUAUCCCA